AUGUCUCUCACCUGCCGCGCGCCCUCGAGAGCGCUCCUUGCCAGUCAAGGCAGGUCAACAGUCCAAACUUCAUGUCUCCGCAUAGCCUCUGUACGGCAACGGCGCUGCGAGUCUACGGAGCAAAAGAAGCCGCCUCAAGAUGGAAAAUCAUUCAGGGGGCAGCUGUACAACAGCACGGCGAUGCGAUUGCAGCGGGAGAAGGCGGACCGCGAGCGGUUUACACAGGCGCGGAAUGAGAGUUCUGGGGGGAGGAAUUCGGCUUUGAGCUUUGUUGUUAUUGCCACAGCUCUAGGAGCAUACUAUGCCGGGACCCUUUCGACGCCUGCUCCUUCGACAGCAUCUACACUCCCCCUUGCCUCUACCGUACCCCCGAAAUACAACAUAUCCGGCUCGAACAUGGAAGCUGCGUGGGCGGACUUUGUGGAAAUUGUAGGGAAAGAAAAUGUUUCGACGCUCGAGACAGACAUUACGCAUCAUGCUGGCAGCGAGUGGAGCACCCAUAUACACAAAGAAUCCGAACGCUCAUUUUUGGUCAUUUACCCCUCGAGUACAGAGGAAGUCAGCGCUGUUAUGAAGAUUUGCCACAAGAGGUUGAUCCCAGUGACGGGCUAUAGCGGAGGCACGAGUUUAGAGGGCCAGUUUGCGCCUACGAGGGGUGGCAUAUGCAUUGAUUUUGGGAAGAUGGGCAAGAUCUUAAAGCUGCAUAAGGAGGAUAUGGAUGUGGUAGUACAACCUGCUGUGGGCUGGCAGGUGCUCAAUGAAGAGUUGGAGAAAGACAACCUGUUCUUCCCUCCCGAUCCAGGGCCAGGUGCUAUGAUUGGAGGUAUGGUAGGCACGGGCUGCAGUGGGACAAAUGCAUACCGAUAUGGGACGAUGAGAGAAUGGGUUCUAAGCUUGACCGUUGUGUUGGCAGAUGGGACAAUUAUCAAAACGAGACAGCGGCCGAGGAAAAGCAGCGCGGGGUAUGAUUUGACCAAGAUGUUCAUAGGGAGCGAGGGAACCCUGGGACUCGUCACAGAAGCUACGCUGAAACUCACGACGAAGCCAAAUAGCACCAGCGUCGCGGUGUGUAGUUUUGGAACUGUGAAGCAAGCCGCUAAUUGUGUCGCCAAAGUUGUGGGUGAGGGUGUCCCCAUUGCAGCCAUCGAGAUUCUGGAUGAAGUUCAAAUGAAAUGCAUAAAUGCAGCUGGAGAGACCGACAGAUCUUGGAAUGAAGCGCCAACUCUCUUCUUCAAAUUUGCAGGCACACCAAGUGCUGUCAAGGAGCAAAUUGGAAUAGUGAAACAGCUUGCGAAGAGCACUGGUAGCAAGACGUUCGAGUUUGCGAAGAAUGAGGCUGAGCAGACUGAAUUGUGGAGUGCCCGGAAACUUGCAUUGUGGUCGGUGAUAGCAAUGAAAGAGGACGAAACUGAUCAUGUGUGGACUGGGGAUGUUGCGGUUCCGAUCAGUAGAUUACCGGACAUCAUCGAAGAGACAAAGGAAGAUAUAAACAAGAGUGGCCUGUUCACAGCAAUUGUUGGUCACGUUGGAGAUGGAAAUUUCCACACAAUUCUUCUCUACAAAGAUAGCCAACGGAAGCAAGCCGAAGAAGUAGUACACCGAAUGGUGAAGAGGGCAGUGAAGAUGGAAGGAACAGUCACAGGAGAGCAUGGAGUUGGGCUGGUGAAGAGAGAUUACUUGAACCACGAGCUGGGAGAGACCACCGUAGAUGCGAUGAGAAAGCUGAAAUUGGCAUUCGAUCCACUGUGCUUAUUAAACCCGGACAAGAUCGUCCGGGUGCAGAAGCCAGAGCCAGGAGAGGUUGCUCAAUGGUAG